UUUGAAGUGUUUGAAGAUGUUCAGUUCCCCUUUAUUUUGAUCGACGAGUCAUCUCAACUGCUAGAGCCUUUGACAGUAGUGCCGCUGGCGAGAUUUUCCUGUCAUAAAAUGGUGAUGAUUGGCGACCCUUUGCAAUUACCGCCGACGUUGGCUACGAAUGCAGAAGAGGGAAAGGCUGGUAAAGGCUUGGAUAAAACCAUGUUUGAUCGAAUGAUGGAAAUGGGGCAUGAGGUAAUCAAACACUUUUUCCCUUUCAAAAUAACAUGUUUCCUUCUCUUGUUUUCUCAUCAUCCAUCCUUUGGGCUAGUCUAUCAUGCUAAGAACACAGUAUAGAUGCCAUCCGCGUAUCGCUGGUAUCAGCAACAAGCUUUUUUAUGAACAAAGACUAUUGAAUGGCGUUACAGAACAAGAUAGAAAGCCUUUAAUUGCCGGAUUACCUACGCUACUAUUCAUUGAUAUGGGUGUUGGAAAGGAGCAAAAAGCUGUAAAGAACAACUCUUAUUCGAAUGACGCUGAAAUGAGUGUGGUGCUAAAAUUGCUUGGCAGAUUGACCUCCUGUCAGGUUGCUGUGGAAGAUAUAGGUGUUAUUUCAUUAUAUAAAGAGCAAGUGGAUCGAUUGAAUGAGCACCUGAAUACUGAGCAAGCAACAAACAAAGGUAUUCAGAUCUCCACAGUAGACGCCUUUCAAGUAAGUACCCGUAGAGAGGAUACGGUUGUUUUGAGUGGGGGGGGGGAUACUGACGCAACUUAUUUGCUUGUGAUGUAGGGCGGUGAGAAAGAGAUUAUCAUUUUAUCCACAGUGCGAACAUCCGUAAGUCAAUUCAUGGACAAUUAUCCCCGUAUCAAUGUCGCCUUGACACGGGCGAGACGUCAU